AUGGAUUCCGAAGAUUCUCGGGACGCUUCUUCGGGAAGCGACUCCGGGGAAGAAAACGGGCGAGCCAGUAAGGCUAGCGUUAAAUCCACUCGCGGGAACUCUCCUCUAUCUCUGUCCAGAUCAUCUUCUCGAUCAAGCUCCCCAAAAAGUCGAGGACAGUCUGUUUCAUCGCGAGAUUCUUCCGCUAGUCCAGCACAGUCUCCAGAACGGCCGCAAUCUAAAAAUUCUAUUGUCUCUAAUUCUAAAAAGAGCCGGUCGCGCAGUAGGUCUAGAAAAUCCUCUGUAGCCGGUUCUAUAAAAAGCAGGUCUGGAAGCAGAUCCUCUGAGCAUCAGUCUGUCAAAAGUAGAUCCAACAGUAGACAGUCAGUGAAAAGUAGAUCAAAUAGUCCACAGUCUGUGAAGAGUGGCUCCAAAAGCAGGUCUCCAGCAGCAAAUAGUAUCAAGAGUAAAAGCCCAGGAGUAAGGUCUGCCAAGAGUGUGUCUCCUGUAGACAGACGGUCUCAUAGUUCUUUCAGUUCCUCUGAAGAUGAUACUCAAGAGGUGAGAGACAUAGGACAAACCCCCAAGUCACCUGACAGUCCUGCAAAAAGACCUUCCCCACCUCAGUCACCAGAUGUACAAGGGCCAAGAUCUCCUUCCCCUCAAAGUUCUUCUGGGAGCAGUUCUGCUGGGAGCCCUGUCAGGGAGGCCCCCAAGCAUGACAGUGGUGGUGGUGGUGUUGGUUCAGUAAGGUCACCCACACAACCCCAAAAAGAAGAUGAUAAUUUGUCAUUGAAGAGUAACAGCAGCAAUGACUCAAGGCCGGGUUCGAGAAAAUCGCGGUCGAGCAGAAAGUCCGGCUCUUCGAGGGGGUCCGCAAGGGGGGCCAGGAAGGGGGGACAAGCCACCUCGUCGGAUUCGAGUGACAGCAGCGUGGAUUCUUCCAGCAGGAAGAACAAGAAUAUCGUGAAGAACGCAGACACACAGCCCGAGGAGAUAUCCGACGGUGAUAUAGAGUCUGACCAAGAUAAACAACCGUGUCCUGCUGAUAACAAACCUGACCAAAAAGCGGAAUUGAAUAUAUCUCACGAGGAUCUGUCGGACGUGUCCGAUUUGGAAGAUUCCAUCGGAGGGAAUUCCGGUAACGAGCAGACCGACGACAAGCCGGAAGAGAAGGUUAACGGAGUGCAAAACAAGGAUGUCAGAUCACCGUCUCCGGAAGUGAAAAAGACCUCCGACAAACCGACCGCCGGCACCGGCGGCGGCGAAGAGCCGGAAGAGCAACUCGACUUCGAGGCCGAAGACGGCGAAUGCGAGGGCGAGAUCAAAGACGACGACGCCGAAUCGGCCGCCCCCCAAAACGACGCGGGGGCGGACGAGACGGCGGCGGCGCAUCGGGAGGCGGCCAAGCGGGCGGAGGAGGAGGAGCGGCGACGCAAGCGGGAGGAGGAGCUGGAAGAGGGCGAGGUGACGGACGAGGACGAGGCGCGGCCGGAGGAGACGGAGCCUCGGCCUGUGUGCCGGUUCUUUUCGAGGGGGCAGUGCACGUGGGGGGCCAGCUGUCGGUUCUUGCAUCCCGGAGUGACGGAUAAAGGUAAUUACACCAUGUUCGACCUGAUCCGGCCCAUUGUUCCGGGCGGCGAAUACCGCGACGAGCGCAUGUACGGAGGUGGCGGCAUGAAUAAAAUGAUGGAGCCUUUGCAGCCGCCCCCGCAGGCGGUGGAAUCGGCGUGGGAGCGCGGCUUGCGCACCGCCAAAGAGAUGCUGAAGAGGUCGGUGAAGCGGAAGGAGCAGGACGUGGAUUUCGAGGAGAAGAAGAUGAAUUUGAGCUUGGCGCAGGAGGAGUUCGAUAAGGAGAACGGGUAUUACGGGAGGGCUGUUUCACCGGAACCGAGAUACGUCCGCCACGUGACCACCGACUACCCCAUCCAACGUCCCCCGCCCGACGACUACUACCCCCGCCGCCAAGUCCUCUACGAGCCCGAGUACGUCCCCCCACCACAACGCGAACGCCCUCGCGCCCCCUACCGCGAACUGCCCGCCCACCGCAUGCCCGACUACUACAACAGCAAGUACGAAGCCGAAGCCCCGCCCCCGCAGCCAAUGAACAGCGGCGGCGGCGGAGAUAGGGGCGUGCCGAAGGGGCGGAGCGGCAAGCAGAAGCGGGAGGUGAUCGUGCAGCGGGCGGAGUCGGAGAGGCAGGGUGGGGGAGGUGGUGGUGGUGGGGGUGGUAGAGGAGACGAGUGGAGCGAUCCGUGGAUGAGGAGCAAGUCGCCGGUCGGGAGAGGAGGGAGAAAGGAGGCGAGCGGUGGCGGGGGCGGGGGUGGCAGGAAGCGGUCGUACAGUUCAGGGUCCAGUUAUUCCAGUAGCAGUUCGUCGAGCCGUUCUUCGGAGUCGAGCAGGAGCUCGUACCACUCGCGAUCCCGUCCUACCCGAAGGCGGCCCACAGGAGGCGGUGGUGGUGGUGGUGGGGGCGGGGGAUCGCGCAGAGGGCGGCCCGUGUCGCCGUCGGUGAUCGUGUCGGAGAGGAAGGCGGCCAACGAGCGGGCGGCGCUCAUGAACCCGCCGGCGCCCAAGAGGCGAGUGCCGUCGCCCGGUAUGAUGCGCGUGUCGAGCGCCGCCAAUCCUCCUGCGCCUGCGCGUGAAGACACCUCCUCCUCCUCGUUAGCUCGCAACAGGAGCAAGCUGGCGGUGGCGGCGGCGCUGGCUCGCGUCAAAGGCGCCGCCGCCGCUUCGAGGGCGCGCCGUGCGUCUUCGAGGUCGCGGUCGUCGUCUAACAGCUCGUCGGCUAGUUCGAGCGAAUCCGAUUCGUCGGAUGAUUCGAGUAGUUCGUCGAGCAGGGAGAACAGUCCGCCCAGCAGAAGGCCGGCAGCCGUCGAGCUGGUGAAAGCCAUGGACGCCCUGAAGGGCGGCGCGCUGGAAAAGAAGCAAAUCAAGCUCAAUCUCAAGCAUCCCGGCAAGAAGCUGGACGGCGCCGAGUUCGGUCGCAAAGUGGAGGCGGCAGCCGCGGCGGCGGCGGCGCAGAGCAAGAAGCGGCCGGCCGGUUCGCCGCCGGCGGGCGAUCCCAAAUCCAAGAAGGCGACGUCGAGGCGCGAGGAGCUGCUCAAACAGCUCAAGGCGGUGGAGGACGCGAUCGCGAAGAAGAGAUCCAAAGUGUGA